UGCACGCACGUACAGUAUAUUUUUAAUUACAGUGAUAGCUGUGACAAAGAUGGCGCCAUCCGUAACCGAGUUCUACGAAGGGAAGUGCGUUUUCAUAACGGGAGCGACUGGUUUCCUUGGUAAGGCAUUAGUCGAGAAGUUACUGAGGGCCUGUCCAGGUAUUCAUACCAUCUACCUCUUGCUGAGGGAAAAGAAAGGUGUGAGUGGGGAGGACAGACUUAAAGCACUUUGCAAUAACAAGAUAUUCGAGCAUCUCCGUGAGAAGCAGCCGGAUGUUUUCAACAAGCUGAAACUGAUCGCGGGAGACAUCUUGGAAGAUGAGCUGGGCAUAUCCAAUGAUGACCGUCAAGAGUUGCAGCGACAUUGCAAUAUUGUGUUCCACAGCGCUGCAUGUGUCAGAUUCGAUCAGAAGUUAAAAGACGCUGUUAAUAUGAACACGACAGGUACUCUACGAGUUUUAAAAUUGGCUGAAACAAUGGAAAAACUCGAGGCAUUCGUCCAUCUAUCCACAGCAUAUUGUCGAUGUGAACUUGACAUGUUAGAUGAAAAACUGUACCCUGCAGUUCAUAAUCCUGAGAAGAUAAUUGAACUCGUGGAAUGGCUCGAUGACUCAACGCUGAAUUACUUAGAGCCGAAAUUGAUAUCAUCUGAACCCAAUACCUACUCAUAUACAAAAGCCAUAACAGAGGAUCUUGUAGCUGAAUACAGUUCUAAAUUUCCUAUUGCAAUUGGGAGACCAUCGAUUGUAACUGCUGCUUGGAAGGAACCGAUGCCCGGUUGGGUUGACAACCUAAAUGGGCCAACAGGACUUGUAAUUGGUAGUGGAAAAGGUGUUAUACGGUCUAUGCAUUGUGAGCCUUCGUACAUGGCGGACGCAAUACCUGUCGAUGUUGUUGUCAAUGGAUGUAUCUUGAUAGCCUACGUCACUGCCUUAGAAAAGCCUAAGGACCUUCGUAUCUUUAAUAUAACUUUAUCUGGAGUCCAAAAAAUUACAUGGCGAGAAGUGAUCGAAUUAGGUGAGAAGUGGGUCAACACUUACCCUUAUACAAUCGCGUUGUGGUACCCUGGUGGUACCAUCAAGUCCUACUGGUUUACUCACCAACUCACCGUAAUCUUCGUACAUAUAUUACCUGCAUAUUUAGUUGAUAUGCUUCUGUUUUUAUUGGGAAGGAAGACCUUCAUGGUUAAUCUUCAAAAGCGAAUCAGUCAUGGUUUGAACAUCCUCCAAUACUAUACAACAAAGGAGUGGAAUUUCAAGAAUACGAACUUCCUGUCUCUACAGAAGAGAGUCAGCGAGGCGGAAAACAAUAUUUUCUUCACAGACGUAUCGACGUUGAGCCGAGACGAAUAUUUACGUGACUAUGUUAUUGGCACCAGGCAUUUUGUGUGUAAGGAAGAUCCUGCGACUCUGCCUAGAGCUAGAAAACUACAUAGAAUCCGUUACUGGGUCGACGUCGUCACGAAGAUUUUAUUUUUUUCUCUAUUAUUAUGGUUUUUAUAUUCGAAAUGCGGUAUUAUUAAUGUUAUGGAUUCCGGUUAUAAUUAUUUUUAUAAUAUUAUUAAUCCAAAUAAGGUAGUGGUUAGUGAAAUCUAG